GUCAGUCGGUUCGAAGACAUUCCGGAAUCAUGGUGAUGCGAAGUGUGUGCGGCGAUUCCGGUGUAGCGUCGAGCCGGAAGAUUGUUACCCUUCGACAGGGGAUGGUUAAUGGAGUCCGGGACAAGCUGCCAAAUGGUUCGGAUUACUACUAUUUCAAGGGCAUACCGUACGCUCGACCGCCUGUCGGUGACCUGCGCUUCGAAGCUCCCGUUCCGUUGGAUAAGUUCCCAGCGACGGUUCUGGAUUGCUCCAAGGAACGCAGCAGCUGCAUUGGGAUGAAUAUGCUGACACGGGAAAUCAGUGGAAAGGAAGACGGCCUGUAUCUGAAUGUGUACACUCCAGUGAUACCGACGCGGGGUGGAGUGGAACCGAAGCUUCCGGUAAUGGUGUUCGUCCACGGAGGCGGAAUGAUCGGAGGAAGUGGCGACAGUUUGCUGUACAAUCCGAACUUUAUGGUCCAAGAGGGCGUGGUGUUCGUUACCAUGAAUUACCGGGUGGGAGUGCUCGGGCUGUUGUGUCUCCCGGAGGCUGGUAUCCAUGGAAACGAAGAUUUGAAGGAUCAACACCUGGCUCUUCGUUGGGUCAACGAGCACAUUGUAAAGUUCGGUGGAGAUCCUUCGAAUGUCACCUUGUUCGGGGCCAGUUCCGGUGGAAGUUGCGUAGGUCUGCACUGUACUUCGGCAUCAUCCAGGAAGUACUUUCACAAGGCCAUUCUGCAGUGUGGUCACCAUCUGUGUGAUUUCACCUACAGUGACCGAGCGGUACAGAAGGCACGGGACCUCGCCAAACACUUUGGAUUUUCAGGUGGCUCCGAUAAGGAAGCACUGCAGGUGUUGAAGAACGUCCCAGCUGAUCAGUUGGUUGCACAGCAGUCGACAGUGCUCAGUCCGAGGGAGCGGGAGCUGGAAGAAAUCUAUCAAGUCGCUUUCGGUCAUGUGAUUGAACAGAAGGAUUCAAAACAUGCCGUUCUUACCACGGAUCCGUUGGAGUUCUUUAAAAACCCAAACUCGUUUGGCAUUCCGGUCAUCAUUGGUUACAACGACGGGGAAGGCUCGAUGGAAGUGAUGAACAUUCUGCGGCACUUGAACGAUUAUAAUUCACAGCCAGAACGACUCAUCCCAAGAAGCUUGAAUGUGGAUUAUUUUGGCCCGACAGCCAAACAAGUAGGUGAGGAAAUAAAACAGCUGAUGAUUGGAGACAAGCCGUUAACGGAGGAUAUGCUUCAAGAAAUUCUGGAAUUCAUUUCGGAAAAGUAUGCCUACACUGCGUACGUCUUCGCGUAUUUCUGGAGUAAGUUCCAACAUGACUCGAACCUCUACUGCUAUCGGUUUACAUUCGAUGGACUGCUGAACACGGGGAAAGUCCUGACGAAGAUUCCACCGUUCAAAGGAGCAGGCCACAUGGAUGAGCUGUUCUACCUGUUUACUUCGGCACUGGCAGUCGAAGUGACCGAGUCGGACAAGGCUUACCAAAUGCGACAAACGAUGGUCCGAAUGUGGACCAACUUUGCCAAAUGCUCGAAUCCAACCCCGGCCUCGGACGAGAGGUUAAAUUUCCGAUGGAAUCCGAUACGAAAUGGGGAUCCCAAUGGGAAGGAUGAUUUCCAGUCAAUCUAUUUGAACAUUGAUCAGGAAAUGAAGAUGGACCUUCCGGAUCCAAAGCGUUUGCAGGGAUGGGUUCAGCUGCAUAAUAAAUAUAACGGAGAGUUUACGAAGCUGGCAUACGCGAUUGAUGACAUGAACGUCAAAGAACAAUUUUGAAUUUCGAAUAAAAUGCAAUUAGCAGGUGAUGAUUAAUUCACACCU